UGUCUGUGCAUUGCUGCCGGAGGAAGAUGGUGGACUGACCCAGGAAACUGCAGCGGUCGAAUAUCCACGAGUCAUGGAUACGGGCAGUUACGUUUACCGGCAGUGACACCCUUCUCCUGGCAGUGACACCCUUCUCCUGGCAGUGACACCCUUCUCCUGGCAGUCACACACUUCUCCUGGCAGUCACACACGUCUUUCACUAUGGGGGGCCCAGUGCUGUUUAGCAGAUUGAGGUAGCCAGCUAGUGCUCGAGCCCCUUGCCCGGGACUUGCGUGGGGUUGUGAAUUGUUAGGACAGUCGCCCAGUUGAAAGGAAACUGGUAGGAGCUUUAUAGCAAUUUCCCAAAGCUCAUUCUGACUCCUCUUCGAAAAUUAAGGUUUAAUUUUCCAAGUAUGACUGAUGAUUAUGUUUAUGAAUCAAGCCCUGGAAAAGGCGAGAUACCUGAAAAAGCGUAGCCACAGAAAUAGGGAACUUCUCAGAUGCUACCCCUGUGGUAGAUUGUUGUGGUUUUAUUGUCAUUGGCCUGCUCAGGUUCAGGGUCGUGGGAAUUUUGGUUUGUGGUGUGGUGGUUGUUUUUUUCCCCCGGCAAAAUAAUUCCAUUUUGAAUUUUUGUAACAAGAAGUAGGCUCUCAAUUUAAUUUAGAUUAGUGCUGCUUUGAUGAUAAAAAUCCAUUUGCCAUGUUGGAAGAUACUUUUUCGGAAGAAGACAUCUGGGAAUACAAAUCCAGAAGAAAACCAAAACCGGGGCAUCCAAGUAGUUGCUCUCAGAACAUUCCAAAAUCUGUUGAAAAAGCAACAGACGGAAAAUGCCAGUCAAAACGAAACAGAAAUAAAAGAGCUGUGGGAGCUAAAGAGAAGGCAAAGGACCCCGAAACGUGCCUUGGAGAAACAGACAGUCAGACUUCCACAGUUUCUAGUCAGAGUUCUAGUUGUGGCGAUGGCAACCAGCAGUCCCAAGGCAAGACCACUCCAGGAAAGCACUCUAGGGCUCACAAAAACAAACAGGUGUCUCCAAAGACACGACCAGUUCACGAGGGAUACUGCCCAAACUGCCAGGUGCCUUUUUCCUCCUUGAUAGGCCAGACACCUCGAUGGCAUGUUUUUGAGUGUUUGGAUUCUCCACCAGCCUCUGAAACAGAGUGUCCUGAUGGUCUUCUGUGUACCUCAACAAUUCCUUCUCAUUACAAGAGGUACACUCACUUCCUGCUAGCUCAAAGUAGGGCUGGUAAUAGUCCUCUUAGCAGUCCAUCCCAUGGGUCAGGGGCCAGUUUCAGUGCGACUGAUUCAGGCUUUCUUUGUAGCCUUGAGGAAAGAUGGUCUCCAUAUCAAAAACAAACUGAGAACUUAAAAAAUGUUUCAGUUGAUCCCUUGUUGGUGACACAGUGUCUAGGAAAAUCUCAGUCCCCAACUGAAACGAAGAAAAAGAUUUCCUCUUCGGCAAAUAUCCAAUCUUCCCAACAAGCCCCACAGUUUGUACAAUGUGUUAAUAAUGACAAACUGGUAGGAGUUGGUUUGCCUCUUGCUGAAAAUUUAGAAAGCCAAAACAACUCAGAACACACAAAUUUGCCAUGGCCAGAAAAUGACUUGAGCGACUGUGAAAUCUCCUAUUCUCCUCUUCAAAGUGACGAAGAAACGUAUGAUAUAGAUGAAAAGCUGGAUGAUUCACAGCAGGAACUGUUUUUUACAGAAAGCUCUAAAGAUGACAACCUAGAAGACGAUGACAAUAGCUGUCCUUUGUUUAAAAAAGCCCACUGUCCCUUACUGAGGGAUCAGGAGGAGAGCGGCCCCGAAAUGAAGAGCUUAACUCAAGAUAAAUACAAUGAAGGAUUGUAUAAAUACUACACUCUGAAUGAUUCUUCUGAACUUCUUUUAAAAAAUGAUAACAUCAUUUUGUAUCAUGAUCCAGUAUAUGCUGCUAAUUUCUUGUUUCCACCUGCAUUAGCAGGAGGGCUUGCUGCUGCUAGUUAUCAAGCCACUAAAGCAAAACCUGAUGAGCCAGAAUUGCACUCAUCUCCAUCAAAUAAGCAGAAACAGAUAAUUGAAGAAUCAGCUGUUUACAAUCAAUUUUCUCUUCCAUUACUUAAGAGUAAAAUGUCAAAACCUUUUGAAAGCCAGGCCCGAGGAGGGUGCCUUUCUUUCCAUCCAAGCCAAAGUAAAAUUAAAGAAUUAUCAAGUAAAAACUUCAGUGCGAAGAAUAGUACUAACUCAGCAUGUUCCUGCAGAAAGGCAUUAGGUGGUAUGCUAGACAGUCAAGUUGCAGUUUUAAAUUCAGAGACAGCUUCGAGCACACCUACUUCUCCUAAGUCUCUGAAAAUGGUGCCGUCCGGUUCUCAGUGUAAUGCUACACAGCCUUCUACCAAGGUAAUGAAGCAAAUGGAUAUAGGUGUGUAUUUUGGUCUACCACCUAAAAGAAAAGAAGAGAAAGUGAUGGGGGAAAGUACAUUAGAAGGGAUGAACUUAAAUCCAGUUGUAAGUCCUAAUAAAAAGAGGUCCGGGCAGUGCAAGAGGAAAGCAGAAAAAUCUUUAAGUGAUUCAGAAUUUGAUGCCAAGGAUUUGAAUGAGAAUUGGCAAUCUGUGGAACCUAGUAAGAGGGCACAGCAUCAAAGAAAGAGACUUAAAAAGUCAGACUCACAACCGUUAGGAACACCUCAGAAGAGGUCAAAUUACCUUGUUAACAAGACGAAAGCUGGAGCAGUCAAUUUAAGCAAAGACAAAGGUUUCAUAAAGUCAGCUGGUGGUGGGCUGCAGAGAGGCCACAGGAAGAUCCCAGACUCAUCUGCCGCGGAAUUAAGAAGGACAUGUCCAUUCUAUAAGAAAAUACCUGGAACUGGCUUUACUGUUGACGCCUUCCAGUAUGGCAUGGUUGAAGGUUGCACGGCCUAUUUCCUCACGCAUUUUCAUUCUGAUCACUAUGCUGGAUUGUCUAAAAACUUCACAUUUCCCAUUUACUGUAGUGAGAUAACUGGCAAUUUGUUGAAGAGCAAACUUCACGUGGAGGAGCAGUAUAUCCAUCCGUUACCAAUGGACACCGAAUGCAUAGUGAAUGACGUCAAAGUUGUUUUGCUUGAUGCCAAUCACUGCCCAGGCGCUGUCAUGAUCCUUUUCUGUCUUCCGAAUGGUAACGCCGUGCUGCACACCGGGGACUUCCGAGCCGAUCCCUCCAUGGAGCGUUCCCUUCUCGCUGGCCGGAGAGUGCACACGCUCUACUUAGACACCACAUAUUGCAGCCCAGAAUACUGCUUUCCGUCUCAGCAAGAAGUUAUCCAGUUUGCCAUCAACACUGCCUUUGAGGCUGUAACUCUAAACCCACGUACUCUUGUUGUCUGUGGCACUUAUUCUAUUGGAAAAGAGAAAGUCUUCCUAGCCAUUGCUGAUGUUUUAGGUUCAAAAGUGGGCAUGUCCCAAGAAAAAUAUAAAACCUUACAGUGCCUCAAUAUACCAGAAAUUAAUUCCUUCAUCACUACAGACAUGUGUGGUUCACUGGUUCACCUUCUUCCAAUGAUGCAAAUUAAUUUUAAGGGUCUACAGAGUCAUUUGAAGAAGUAUCAUGGGAGAUAUGAGCAGAUUCUGGCUUUUCGACCUACAGGAUGGACACAUUCUAACAAGUUGACGAGUAUAGCAGAUGUUGUACCUCAGACCAAAGGAAAGAUUUCAAUAUAUGGAAUUCCUUAUAGUGAACACAGCAGCUACCUAGAAAUGAAACGUUUUGUUCAGUGGCUCAGGCCCAAGAACAUCAUACCCACCGUGAAUGUUGGCACCUGGAAGUCUAGGAGCACAAUGGAGAAAUGUUUUAAAGAAUGGAAAUUGGAAGCUGGAUAUUGACUGUUACCUCGAAGGACUCAGUAGUAGUUAAGUAACUUAGGUGUAGCUUGUUAGUAGUUAAAUCUUUAAUGAUAUAUGAAAUAUACUUUAUGUGAAAAACCUCACGAAGGUCACUCAUACAGCUUAUUUUCUUAUCUACACUUGAAUAACCUGUUCAUGGUGCUGAGUGCCUCUCCGCAUCAUCAGUGAUCACGGAGACUGGUCUCCCUAGGACCCUUGAUUUUUGCCCCUGCCAGUGGGGGUAGUUAUAUUCUGCAUCCAGCCUUAACAGAGGAAAUAAAGGCAGAUUCAGGGACCAGUAGGAUUCAUUAUAAUGGAUAAUUAGAUUGAAAGCAUUAUAUAUAAAUAAUUAUUUGUCUUUAAAAUUAUUUAACGUGGAGCAUAUUUUUAUGAGCAAAAGCUUUUAUUUGAUAUGUAUAUAUAAAUUAAAAAUUAACCUUAAAUUCGC